CGCUGUCAUUGUCAAAUAUCUAUACAAUUUGAGGUUAUAAAUUGCUUUACGUAAAAAUAUAUUUAAAUAUUGUAUUUGUAUAGAAAAUGCCGCUGCCACCAGCCAGUGGAACUGGUCGGUACUUUGCCAAAGCAGCCAAAUCUAUACGUUUGGUCCGACAUGGCUGUACUAACAGGCCAUUCUUUCACAUUUCCGUAACUCAUCGCAAAAGAACGACGACACAACCGGUGAUUGAACAAUUAGGAUCCUUUGACCCAAUGCCAAAUGUGUUUAAUGAGAAAUUAGUAGCCCUGAAUCUUGAAAGACUGAAGUACUGGCUUGGUAAGGGGGCUCAUGUUACACCACCAGUAGCCGAGUUAUUAGGUUUGUCCGGCUUCUUCCCAAUCCACCCGCGCUCCUACAUGACUGCAUGGCGGAACCGGCAGGCGGAGGAGCUUGCUCAACAAAAGGAGGCUGAAAAGGCAGCCAGCGCUCCUGCUACCUCUUAGACUUUAUUUAGAUUGUUAGUUUAAUAAAUAGUGUAAAUAUA